AUGGGUCAGCUGGAGGAGGAGGUGGGCGGGGCCGAGGAGCUGGAGUGCGGCAUCUGCUGCCUGCCUUUCGACUGCUGCGGGCGGGCGCCGCGCAGGCUCGGGAGCGCGCACGGCUCGUGGAAGCCCUCGCGGUGCCGUCACGUGCUCUGCAGCGCCUGCGUGUGCCAGCUGGCGCGCGAGGGCGGCUGGGAGGCGGUCACGUGCCCUUACUGCCGCACCGUCACGUCCCUCCGCGAGCGGAGCCACUUCCUGGUGGCCGGCGUGCGGCGCAGCAGCGGCUACGGCCGGCGGCGCCUCGUCCUGCCGCCCAUCGACACCGAGCUCUGGCAGCGCGUCGUCCUGGCCGAGAGGGAGCGCCAGAGAGCCGGCCUCCCCGCGGACGAACCCCCCGGCGAGGAGCGGGACGACGACGCCGGGCAAUGGCGGAUCUGGAGGGCCCUCAAGCGGCUCCUGAAGGGAGGAGCCGGCCGCGGCGCGCAUGCGCACAGGAGGAGCCACUCCGCGCCCCCUCGCUACUGCCCGCCAAUCAACCCAUAUGCACCUGAGAUAAAGGACUUGGCACUCAUGAGCUAUGUCAUCUGAGGACUAGUUGGCCCCAACACACGUUCUAACUUCAUGCAGCUGGCCGACAGCUGUGAGCUUUGGAAUACGUCAGCCUCUGCCAGUCGGGUCAGCAUCCAGCAGAGUUUUUUUGGUUUACUAUUGAAAUUUUUCAUCACAAGCCAAUUGAAGCUGGUGGGCUUCUGUGACCCAAGAAGAAUUAGGGACGCCGUCUUUCACACUGUGGGCCACUGCUUCUUGUCCAACAUGAGAUGCCCCAGAAGAAAAGGCGGUAGAAAGAUGAAAACAGGCUCUUAAGGAUAUGUUAGGUCCUGUGAGAGAACCAGGGUGGCUUCCCUUCUGGAUUAAAUCAUCAGAGCUGCAAUUGUUAUUGUAUUCUAAUUUGUCUGAUACGCCUUUUGGAACAGUUCUGAGUCAGCAAACCCCCACAUCGUCUCCAAACUGCACUCCCAGACCCCUCUCCCCCUGGCAAGUUUCAAGAGAUUGAGACCAUAUGGCUAAGAUGUUGCUCAUGAGAGCAACUCAAAGGGCACUUAGUUUUUCUUCGGCGGGAGCACCGUUUUUAUGAAACGUAUUGGAAAAGUUAGACACGGACCUUAUUGCAGUCUCUGGUAUUUGGUUUCCGUCCUCCAUCAUUUUGUCUUUCAAAUGAAAAUUUUGUUUUAUGUUUGGCAUACUUUUUCUAUCCUUGAGAUAGAAAAGACUUAAUUAUUAUUAUACUUUCACUGAGAAUGAUAUUUUGCAGAGGGCAAGAAGACAGGGCUGUGCUCUGAUGAUGUUACAAUUUAGAAUUUGGCCUAAGGAAGAUCCUAAAAGGCAGAAGGAAAAGGAGGAGAGUGUGUUGUUCAUUUUCUACCUCGAUUCUCUUGAAGGGCAGGUAGGACAGGAUUGUACCAUUUGCUCUCCAAAGGGGAGAAGGGCUAGUAGUUGUGCCAAAAGUGUCACGGAAGAGGGGGUUGGGGGCUUGAAGGCAUCAAGGGAUGGCAGGAGGUAGUUCUGGACACGAUGGGUAGAGUCAUUGGAGGGGGCAGAAUGCUACCCCAUGGCUGGAAGUGCAAAGGCACCAGACGGGGUUGGGUUUGAUGAAAAGCACACAAGUAAGGAGGGGGCAAGGCCCUACGAAGCCUAUGCGGAGGGGGUUAUGUUAGAUUCAAGCAUGUGAGGAUUUAAGCAGAGCCGUGGCAAGACCCGUGCUGGAUGGAAGCAAGGCCAGAGUCUUUGGAGUAUUGUAAAGCAAGGAACGGCAUGAGUGAAGAGUGGGAAACAAAGCAGAAGGAAUGGUUGGAGAGAAGAUCCAGGUUUCAUGCCUGUUCCAGAGGUUGGAAGGAGACGUUGGUGAUGGACGAGGAGAAUAUACGGAAAUGGCAGUGGUCCACCUGGUCAGCAUCGUCUUGGCUGUGGCCUAGAAGAGCAUUAUCGGCUUCUUCGGAAGAUUUCCCAGGCACAUCAUCCCAUUUGCAGCGAGUCAGACUGUUUUUAUGGGGUGCAAGAGAGAGCCAGGAACCGGCAGUAAAACACUAGCUUGGCCUGGAGUCGGUGGGACCCAGAUCCUUUCCUGGCCAGGCAGAAGACAGCUCCAAAUGAGGCCCUGAGCGCCAAUCCUAGCUUUGCCCUCUCUCACCAAACCACCCUUCGUUCUUUUUAUCGCAUUCAUUAUAAGCUGCGGGGUGGAUUAUUAUUAUUUAUUACAUUUGAUAAACCGCUCACCCCCAAAGGGCUCCGUAAUCAUUCUCUGUGACAGAAAUCCCCUUUGGAAACGAAAUGUACGUGGAGGGACAUUCUUUCACGGAUGCAGUUUUCUCGCAGGGAAGGCCAGGUUAUAAGUACUGUUAACUAUUUUUUUUUUUUUAAAGAAGCAUUUCUGUGAAAUGUGUUCUUCGUUUCAUAUUUAUUGUGGUGAGUUCUUUUGCGGUCGACAUUUUGCCAGUUGUAACUUAUUUAAAUUAAAACCUAAGAUUUGAAA